AUGACAGCCAACGUACCGUCCAUCUACCGUGCCGUAUUCCUCUACUGGGACCCCCCUUGCUCGCUAUGGGGCGCCUACCUCGCCUUCUUCGCCCGCGACUUGACGCUGAACUCCUUCAUGCCCGGGUCCGCCGCCAACCGCGACGCCGCCCACGACAUGCUCUUCUACCACCAGGGCGGCGCGCUCCUGGGCGCCGCCGUCCUCAACGGCUACCUCCUGCGGCGCACCGGUGACCUCCUCGUCUGGAAGGCCGCGCAGGCCGCGAUCCUGUGCAUCGACGUCGCGCUGCUGGUGGGCAUGACCGGACACCUGUCGGCGCAGGGGAGGCUGUCGCCCGCGGCGUGGACGGGGUACGACUGGAUGGGCAUCGUCAUCACGGGGGGUGUCACGCUCGCGAGAACGCUGUUCAUCGCCGGGGUCGGGCUGUCGAGGAAGGGCAAGACUUCGUGA